GGUCCAUUUGCUCAGACUUAUCGAACAUUGGCGGGCCACGUGUUUCACUCUCCCGAAGACUCGAUCUGCCACGCAAACGAUGGGGAAACUGAACAUCGCUCACCACAAAUCAUACCAUCCUUACCGCCGGGACAAUAUCGAGCGGGUUCGAAAGGAUGAGGAGGAGGCGAAGCAGAAGGAGGCAAUUGAGGAGGGGCGGAUGAUGCUUGCCGACUCGGAGGCGCGUAUGGACCUCCUCCGCCAGCGUGCGGGUCUACAGGGUUCGAAAGCUCGCCGGGAUCGGAAGACGGACGAUAUUGACCUCCAGAUUGCUCGCGCGAGGGAGCAGGUCGGAGUAGAUGAAGCCACAGCGACUGCAGCCGGCCCAUCGACCCUCACGUCCAAGUCCGGGCAUAUCAAUUUAUUCGAAGACUUGGAGCAGCAAAACCUCAUGACUAUCCCCAUCCGCUCAACAAGGCGUCCCGCACCCGUCAAGGAGAGUGAGAAAGAGACGGACCGCGGCGUCGCGCUUGCGCCGAGUGCGAAGGAUCUCAAGCCGUGGUACUCUGACCGCAAUCGUGACGAUGGCGGAGAUCCGGAUGACGAUAAACGACUCCGGGACCUCGUGCGCAAAUCCGUACACGAUCCCUUGACAGCCAUCAACACCCGGCUGGCUUCCCGAGACGGCCCUUCAAGCUCAACUUUCCCUGCUCGCGCCACGCACUCCCGCUACCACGCGCCCGAACACUCACGAGAUCCGCGGGUAGGUCCUUCCGAACCUCGAUCUGGGGGUGACGGUCCUAGAGGAGGUAGCACGAGCGCGGGCGCAGAGAGGACGUGCCGCGAGUCCGCGGAGCGCCUGCGCGCGCUGGAGCUGAUCAAGCGGAAAAAGAGAGAGCUGGAGGGGAGCGAGACGCCGAGCACUGUGCGUGGUGGAUACGGAUUUGGAUCUGUGGGCCUUGGAUACGGGGAUGUGUUCAACCGGACGGAGGUCGAGGAGGUGCAGAAGGCGCGGAGGGGCUACCGGGACGAUAGGGGUCGCGAGAGGGAUAGAAGACAUUAGGCGUCGGUGAGUGCCCGUGAACCGCGGUCUCAGGUUUGACCCUUGUGUAGGUCUCAGUCCGUUCCUCUCGUGAUUUGUCCAGAUCACUCCGACAACAACUAUGACCGUAUAGAAGGGUCUCGGGUCAGAUCGUUGCAUUUUGCUCCGGUGUCGCACCGUAAUUGCCGUGCGCAUGCGGCAACUGGUGUAUGACACUUAACGCAGGGUAGCACGACAACGUUUCGUUCCGCUGCUGAGACUAAGCAAAGGAUUCACUAAAUCUCGAUUUGGCGUGUGCAUGGGCAACUCUUGAAGCUCUGAAGUCGCUUAACCGGCUUCCAUCGUGCCCGCCUGUGGAGUGAAUCCUAGCCACAAACGCACAAGCGCUCCGGUAUACCGCGACGUGGCUACCGCUUCCAGAGCCAUGAGUUACUGUCCACAACCACCUCCACCUCGCGAGUGUGCUGUCUCCGGACGUGCAUUGUCCGCAUUGUCCGCAUUGUUCGGUCAGUGCCGAGCCUCUUGCUCAGUGCCCUGAGCGUAUACAGUUCGAAGAUGGUACACCAGGGGGACGGGAGAAGAGAAGGGAAACUCAUCCAGCACAAACCAGCGUAGAUCUACCGGUUCCAUGCGUUGUGGGAAUGAAC